UCACUUUUCAGAGAAAAUUCCAGAUAACGUCACCAAACGCGCUUUUGCGAGAAGUACCUUAUAUAAAAGCCAAACGCGAAAAACCCCGAUCGCCAAAAUGGCUUCAGCUUAUUCUUCAUCUUCGGUCUACACCUGCACGGAGUGCGGAGCCAACCUGAACCUGAACGCCGCCUAUCUCUACCCGCCGGACGUUUACUUCGAGGCCGGAAACAAGAACACGCUGUCGUUUUCGGGGAUCGACACGACCAAGUUUAGGUUCGAAAAGGAGGACAAGAUCAGGCCCUUUUGGGAGACCCGAAACUAUUGGGGGAUCCAACGGACGAGGACCAAGAUCAAGUGCAACGGGUGCGGGCGGCUGGUCGGACACGUGUACGACGAUGGGCCGCCGAUGAUGGAGGGGAACGGGCAGUUUGGGUUUGGGCCCAGCCAGGUUAUUCCCAGGGCGGCUAGGUACAGGUUCAAGAUCAAGGCCUUGAGGGUUGCUUCUCAAACAUAGUUUGUAAUUGAUUUAUUGAUCAUUUUAGUGUUUUACUGUAAAGAAUGUGACACUUUUUGGCUGAACGAAUAAUGGUUUUGUGGUUUUAUUCUGUGCUGAAUUGAUUCUGUUCUACCAAGAUUGAGACUCAACCGUGAGCUGAAACCAAAUGAAAAAACAAUCUGUAUUGAAACUUUGGUUUCGAAAUUGGAGUGGCAAACCCCUUGUCACAUCCAUUCCCAAGCUGUGUUUCGUCACGAACUUAAUCAACAUGUUGUGUCGACUUGUUUACUACCA